ACGCGUGGUUUGUUCCUUUAAGACAAACAGAAUCGGCGUCUCUGACUGAUUGGAGAAUGAAUUUGAGCCGCUUCGCUCUGACGUAAGGGGGAGUCGAGAGACUGUUGUAGCCUGCAGGAAGAAACAGAUAACGGUGGUGAGGAGCAGGCUGGACCACGGAUCUUCUGCUUUUGUGUUUCCACCGAACCGCUUAGUUUAUUUCGUUAAACUUGAAUCCCGUGUUCACUUCUGUUAUCUAAUACAACGACUCCAGACCUCCGCCCUUUUCCCUUUACUCCAGAUUCAUCCCCCCUUUUUUUUCUCCCAGUGUUCAAAGUGGGUCGAGAUGUUCUGUCGGGGUGUGCCAAAGUCCUCGAGGAUGGACUAAGAUGACACUGGACAUUUUUCUGUAGCUGAGACAUGGAGACAUUUGCUCUGCUUCACUGACGACAUUUUUUCUUGGGGGUUAAAAAAAGAGGAGAAUGCUUCAUGACCAGGAUCAUAAGCAGGAGGAGCAGACGGCGAGUCCUGUUACUGCGCAGCACGGAACCGCGCACCACAGUGACCCCGACAGCCUGGGCUGCAGGGAGGACCAGGACCUGCUGCCACCCGCUUAUUCCACUCUGGAUUUUAGAAGAAAUGCUGUGACAGAUGACUAUAAAAUCACAGCUCAGGUUCUCGGCCUGGGGAUCAAUGGCAAAGUGCUCGAAUGUUACUGCAAGAUGAGCGGGGAGAAAUGUGCUCUCAAGAUUCUUUACGAUACUCCGAAAGCCAGACGGGAGAUUGAGCUGCACUCGCGAGUAUCUGGUGGUCCUCACAUCGUCCGGAUACUUAACCUGUAUGAAAACAUGCACAACGGGAAGAAAUGCCUCCUCAUUGUAAUGGAGUGUAUGGAAGGAGGGGAGCUCUUCAAUCGCAUCCAAGCGAGGGGAGACCAGGCCUUCACUGAGCGAGAGGCAUCGGAGAUCAUGCAUGACAUCGGCACGGCCAUCGAGUACCUGCACCACAUGGACAUUGCUCACAGAGAUGUGAAGCCUGAAAACCUGCUCUACACCACCAAGCAGAGUAACGCCACAUUGAAGCUGACUGACUUUGGCUUUGCGAAGGAGACAAUUCUACACAACUCCCUCCAAACUCCCUGUUAUACUCCAUAUUAUGUUGCCCCAGAAGUGCUUGGGCCAGAGAAAUAUGACAAAUCAUGUGACAUGUGGUCUUUGGGCGUAAUCAUGUACAUUCUUCUGUGUGGGUUUCCUCCAUUUUACUCAAACACAGGUCAGGCCAUCUCCCCCGGCAUGAAGCAGAGGAUCAGGAUGGGCCAAUACGAGUUCCCCAACCCUGAGUGGGCUGAGGUUUCUGACGAAGCGAAACAGCUCAUCAUUCAGUUACUGAAGACGGACCCCAAUGAACGGAUGACCAUUGGACAGUUCAUGAAUCAUCCCUGGAUUAGUCAGUCAAUGGUGGUCCCUCCAACACCACUCCACACCUCUCGUGUUUUGACAGAAGAGAAGGAGCUGUGGGAUGAUGUGAAGGAGGAAAUGACCAGCGCCUUGGCCACCAUGAGAGUGGACUAUGACCAGGUGAAGAUCAAAGACCUGGACACGUCCAACAACCCUCUGCUCAACAAGAGACGUAAGAGACCUGUGCCUGGAGGAGCCGAUGAAACGGGACAAGCUGAAAUCGGAGAUGGAGGUGGAGGAGUGGUGUGUCAUAAUCACAGAGAAGUGACUUUUUCUGAAAAUGUAGCAUAAAAGCCACAGUGAGCAAAUGAUCUCAUCUACACGUCCCCUAGAUUAUGGUGUUUUUCUUACUUUUCCUCCUGUUUUUAUAUCACUGCACUUAAUAGUCUAAUGAAUGUCAUUUAUUUUGAUGUGUUCUUCUCAAACAUUUGAAAUAAAAUUGUGAUUUUUAUGUUUUA